GUCCAUGUCCUCAACGAUCGUUUCUGCCCAGCAUCCAGCCGAGCCAGAACAGCGGCUCGAUGCAGCCCAGCGCCUGCAGCGCCGCUCGUCCGCUCUGCUCUCGCGCGUCGACGGCGCUCUGCGAACCGGGACAAUAGCCGAGCCCGCAUCCUUCCGCGGCGAAUCCCCGCUGAUCGGCACCCCCAGCAUCCAUACGACCCUCAAGUCUAGAAGGGAUCAUGAGCCCGUUGUCGGUCUGCGCAAGUUCCGCGCCACCGUCCAGGCCGAAGACCAGUUUCUGCGGCGGCUCCUCCGACAGCCAGACAAGAUCAAGCCCAGCCACGUCCAGUGCAGCAACAUCCCUUACCUCGAUGCCGUCUUCUCGGUCCUCCUCAGCGAGCCCGGUGUUACGCAAGUCUUUAACACCGUUCACUAUGUUGCCGAUCUGGCAAAGCCUGCUCAGUCAAAACCAACCCCACUUCGGAUCGACGUGAUUGCCCAGCAUGGCCGCAGAUGGAUCAAGGUCAAGGCCAGUAGUUUGAGGGGACUUAAGAAGGAACUCGACACUUUGGAUGCCCAAGACAGCGACGAUGAUAGCGAUCGCCAGGACGAGAGCGAUGAGAGCGACGAGACCGAUACAAGUCCCAUACCCCCCGCUCGGACCGGCGGACACACUCUUGUCCAAGAAACUUCGACAGACACGUCGGUCGUUGCGGACAUGCUGCCGCUCACGAUAUUUCGCCAGGCGCAAGAAAUGCUCGCAGCAGCGUCGCAGAAUCCAGUGCAUUUUCAGGCGCCGGAAGUGGUGUUCAUGUUUGUGGGCGACGAGGACAUCGACGCCCGGAUCUCAUCGACGCUGGAGUCACUCGGCGUGACGGUCAGGCGACUUGCAUGCGACGCCGACAUGAAUCUAGUGUUUCAUCCAGGCAUCACCCAGCGGCUCAACUUUGACAUUACUAGUCUGAUUUGCCUUGUGUCAGAUCUCAUCAACCGGUACGAGCAGAUUCCAAAGGACGCUUUCGACAUCAGCGCACUGAAGCUGCAGUCUGCGCAGGAACAAGCCCGGCCGCUCUUGCCUGCGCUUUUGUCCAUCAUGAACGGCCGCGAGCUUCUCAUAAUCCACAGCGCUGCCACCAAGUUCUUCAGUAUUGUCCGCGUCAUCGCCGGCCCUAUCGAAAGGCGGCGGGCCCUGUCCCUCUUUCGGGCCGAGGACUUGUCCACGUACAACUGGGCCCCGAGCGACAUUGCAUCUGUUAGCGACCCCGAGUCGACCUGGCCACUGCCGCGCUUUGCAAUCGUACCGGAUAGUCCCUCGGACCGAUUCCAAGAGUUGCUCGCUCGGAAGACCGACGGCACCAAAAAUGGGCUCCAGCCACACAACAUCAAUAUCAUCGGAACGGGCGAUCGGCUCCAUUGCACGACCGUGGCGGCAAACGGGUGGCUCGAGCGCACACUCCGAGACUCUGGAUUCGGCGGCAUGAGUGUGUGGGUGCACGACCCACGCAGCCUUGUGGAAGCCAGGGCAAUCAAAUACGGAUUUGUGGGGUCGCUUUGAUGCCCUCCGGACCCAAUGCGCUCGGGAUAGUCCCAGGAACAAUCCCAGGAACAAUCCCAGGAACGAUCCCAGGCGCAGCCUCACCACAUUCCGUGUAUCAUCUUGGUCAUCUUUAGAAGUCGUUUGUUCUUUCCUUCUCGAAUCGGCUGUGCUCAUCUGCAGCGUUUUCUGCGGGCCUGGCUGUGCACCAAUGGCCUACUACCAGCCUUUCCCAACAUGGACGACGGCAGCUACCUUAUCCCUGGGUCUGUGGGCAGAUACUUCUAUGGCGGGACUUGUCACUGCGAUCCCAAUACAUAUUGAAUAUGCGAAUAUGCGACA